GAAGUUUCCUUGACCUGAUCUCUCAUACAUGGUUUUUGAACACCAUUCAGGAUGAUUUUGUAGAUGGGAAGAUCAAUUUAGGAAAUACAAUGCAGUCACUUAAAAAAUUUGAAUUGCCUUUUAGUUAUGCACAUGUAAAACAUGUUUUCAAGGAAAUAAUUGACAAACGGAAGGACCAUAUGAUUAACAUAGAAGAGUUCAGGGCAAUUUAUCGAACCAUUGUACACAGACCUGAAUUCCUUGAACUUUUCUGUGCUUACUCUCCAAACAACCAAACUCUAGCUCGUGGCCAGGUCGUUGAAUUUCUUAAGAAAGAACAACAUGAAACUGAAGAGUGUGAAAUAACUGCCUUAGAAAUAAUUUUAAAGUAUGAACCCAUUCAAGAAGUGAGAAAAAGAAGGCAGCUGUCAUUUGAAGGAUUUAUAAGGUACAUGGCUUCUGAAGAGUGUUCUGUAUUUAAAAGCCAUCACAGGACAGUCUACCAAGAUAUGAACUACCCAUUAUGUGACUACUUUAUUUCAUCUUCUCACAACACUUACUUGAUAUCUGACCAACUCAUAGGACCCAGUCAUUUAUGGGGAUAUACCAGUGCUCUCUUAAAAGGAUGUCGUUGCUUGGAAAUUGACUGCUGGGAUGGCCCAAACAAUGAACCUGUUGUCUAUCAUGGUCGCACUUUGACGAGCAAAAUUUCAUUUCGUUCUGUAAUUCAAAUAAUAGAAAAGUAUGCAUUUGAGGUGUCUGACUAUCCAGUUGUACUGUCUUUGGAGAACCACUGCAGCCCUCAGCAACAGGAAGUAAUGGCAGACUAUUUAAAAAGUAUUCUAGGUGAAAAACUUCUGACUUCCACAUUUCAUGAAGCAAGGGUGACUGAACUGCCAUCUCCUGAGGCAUUAAAACUCAAAAUUCUAAUAAAAAACAAAAAAGUUGGAACAGUUGAGGAAAGUAUGCUCAGGAGAGAUUUAGACAUUCAUGGUGAGACAGGGGAAGCUUCUGAACCUGAAAAUAUAUCCGAUGAUGAAGACGACAGUGUUGGUACAGCCUCUCUUUCCACACAGCGUGUUUCCUCAAAAAGAAAAAGUGACAGUGCACCUUCAGCCCCAUCCAGAAAAAAAGCAAAGAUGAGAAAGGUAAAAAUUGCCCUUGCAUUGUCGGACCUUGUGAUUUAUACCAAAUCUGAGAAGUUUGUGAGCUUUGAGCACUCCCAAAGUCAUCAGAAGUUCUAUGAAAAUAAUUCAAUUGGAGAAGUUCGAGCACGAAAAUUUGUAAAACAUUCAGCUAGAGAUUUUGUUUUACAUACGUCAAAAUUCAUUACAAGAAUCUAUCCCAAAGGAACAAGAGCAGCGUCUUCAAAUUAUAAUCCUCAAGAGUUCUGGAAUGUGGGGUGUCAAAUGGUGGCCUUAAACUUUCAGACACCGGGAGUGCAAAUGGAAUUGCAAAAUGGAAAAUUCCUAGACAAUGGUGGUUCUGGCUAUAUUCUGAAACCAGAAUUCUUGAGAAAUCAAGGUUCAUCAUUUACCCCACACAAUGUGGGAAGAUACAGUAAACCCAUGUCUCUGUCAAUAAAGCUCAUCAGUGGUCAUCAGUUACCACCCAGUAACAUGGCGAAGACUAACAAAGCUGACCCUUUCGUGCAGAUAGAAAUUUAUGGUGUUCCAGAAGAUCAAAGAAAAAAAAAAUCUAGUGUUAUAAGAAGGAAUGCUUUGAGCCCUAGAUGGGAUGAAACUUUCUCUUUUACUAUCCAAGUUCCAGAACUGGCAUUGAUACGCUUCUGUGUGGAGGAUGAGGUAUCUCUGGGUUCAAAUGAAUUCCUUGGUCAAUACACUUUACCGGUGCUCAGUCUGAACAAAGGUUACCGUAAUGUUCCCCUGUUGGACAAAUAUGGCACAAGUCUCAAACCUGCAUCACUGUUUGUUCAUAUAUGGUACUACUAACGACAGUCUGCAGUAAUAGUUCUGAAUGAUCACUCCCUUCUCAAUAAAGCAACAUCACCUGGCUUGCAACAACCCA